GGCAAGCGCUGGGCCUCUAACUUAGUUAAGCGACAACCAGAGCUGAGGAUUCGUUGCUUUCGGGGGUGUGACUAUAAAGGAGCCGGUUGCGGAGGUCCAGAAGCCAUCUGUGGCGGGUUAUACCUACUAUGGCAUCGUAGAGUCGGAUAU